UGUACUUCGUUGUACAUGGGUCUGUCCGCUUGUUUGAUUGCAGAACGCUUCUGAGCAACAGCGGAGUGACUGUGUCACGCCCAGUCAAACUUUUAUACGGCAUUAUUCUUUGUGAAAUUAUCCAGACAUCAGCUACUAUGUUUUUGCUUGAGACAGAGUCGCUGGACUGCAUGAGUAAUCUUUUUGAAAGCGGGUUUGCGGUGAAUGGAGGUCUGAAUGGUCGCGGACAGUCUCCAGCGCAUCUCGCGGCGUGCGGAGGUCAGGCCUUCUGCUUGCUUUGGCUGCUGCAAACCGGUGCUGAUGCAAACCAGCAGGACGCGAGCGGAGAGACACCCAUGCAUAAAGCAGCCAGAGCGGGCAGUUUGGAGUGCAUCAGUGUGCUGAUGGCAAGUGAGGCACAUUUCGACAUUUGCAACAACGCUGGACAGACUGCUGAAGAUAUUGCAUGGUCUUGCGGGUUUAAUGAGUGCAGGAGGUUUCUGAACAUGCAUCGCAGAACACAGGACUUGAAGAACGCUUCAUUAUCAUCCCUCUCUGAACGGCACACGCUGAGCAGCACUCUCGCAGGACAGAAGAGAGGCGCGGACUCCAGUGCUCAAGAUGGGAAGAAAGCACGGGACUGGUGAUGAAUGUUCUCAUAAAGAGAG